UCACCGGUCUGCAAACGGUCCGCCAGAAGGUCAACUUGGUCAGCGACGAGAUCCGCAACCUGCAGACCAACAUGGAGUCUUUCUCCAUACAGUACCACGAGUGCAUCAAGAACAAGGGGCACAUUACAUACCUUCAACAAGCGGGCCCCAUGACGACGGAGCGCCGCGACUUGGAGGCAUGUCUGCGCAUCCAAAUCGAAGAGAUGGAACGGAAGCUCAACGUGCUGGUGGCCCAGAUCAACCAAUCGCAGCUGGAACUAGCGGACCACAUGAAAGAGAAUAUCGCGGCAUUGAGACAGCUACAGAGCCAAGUCCUGGAUGAGGAGCUCAUCAAAUGGAAGCGCGAACAGCAACUUAGCGGUAACGGCGUGCCCAUGCAGUCCAACCUGAACACCAUCCAGGAGUGGUGCGAGCUGCUAGCCGACCUCAUCUGGACCAGCCGCCAGCAGGUGACCAACGUAUCGCGAAUCAACAAUAAGACAAUCCCUGAGCUUCGUCAGCCGCACCUCAUUGAAAUGUUGGAGGAUAUGAGCAAGCAGGUGACCAACUUGCUGUCUACCCUCGUGACGUCAACAUUUGUGAUAGAGAAACAGCCGCCGCAAGUCAUGAAAACCAACACUCGCUUCACGGCCACCGUCCGUUUGCUAGUCGGCGGGCAACUCAACGUUUAUAUGACCCCGCCCAGAGUCAGUGUGGCAAUAAUAUCCGAGCAGCAAGCGCAACUGCUGCUCAAGAGCGAGACUCAAGCCGGCAAGGGCAAAGCGCCGGUCGAGUGCGGAGACAUCCUCAACAACAGUGGCGUCAUGGAGUACCAGGCCACCAGCCGCCAACUCAGCGUUAGCUUCAGAAACAUGCAGCUUCGCAAGAUAAAGCGCGCUGAGAAAAAAGGCACAGAAAGUGUCAUGGAUGAGAAGUUAACGCUUCUCUUCCAGUCGCAGUUUAAUGUGGGAGGUGGCGAGUUGGUCUUCCAGGUGUGGACGCUGUCUCUGCCUGUAGUAGUGAUAGUCCACGGCAACCAGGAACCCCACGGCUGGGCCACCGUCACCUGGGACAACGCCUUCAGCCCGCCGGGGCGUGUGCCCUUCGCCGUGCCAGAUAAGGUGUCAUGGGGCCAGCUAGCGGAGACGCUCCGCAUCAAGUUCUACUCGGCCACGUCCGGCGGAGACUUGUCGGAGGACAACCUCCGCUUCCUAGCGGAGAAGAUCUUUAGAACGAGUCUCCCCAUGAAUUUGCUGGAACUGAACGCCAUGAUGGUCUCAUGGACUCAGUUCUGCAAGGACGCGCUGCCGGAGCGGAACUUCACCUUCUGGGAGUGGUUCUACAUGGUCGUGAAGGUCACGCGCGACUACCUGCGCACGCUGUGGUGCGACGGCCUGAUCAUGGGCUUCAUCCAGAAGAAGCAAGCCGAAGAGAUGCUCGCCAAGUGCACGCCUGGCACUUUUCUGCUGCGGUUCUCAGACUCCGAACUAGGAGGAAUCACUAUCGCCUGGGUUGGAGAGGGCAACGAAGUAUUCAGUCUUCAACCAUUCACAUCCCGCGACCUGAUGCUGCGAUCGCUCGCCGACCGCGUGCUCGACCUGCCGCAGCUACAGCUGUUGUAUCCCAACGUGGCCAAGGACACGGUCUUCAGCAAGUACUACACCAAGCCCGAGAACGAAAUGCUGAAGAACGGCUACGUGAAGCCAGUGCUGGUGACAACGCUGCCGCCCUACAUGUCUUCCAUGGCCAGCUACGCGCACUCGCCCGACUCGCACCGACACACGCCCGCGCACAGCAGCUGCUUCAGCGCGGCCACUCCUGCUCCCACCGAGUCCACUUUCAUGGACAGCGAGUUGUUCGAGCAGAUGCGAGCGUUCGAUGCUGAAGGCUUCGAUGACUUCAACAUCUACGACUCCAUGGCCAUGAAAUGAUGUGACCUGCAGUAAGUGGAGAGUUAACCCUAAUUAUAUUUAGUUGUAGUUUUGAGUCAAUUGUAAUAAGAGCUAUAAUCGCGUGGCAUAUUUACAAGUUGUUUUAUUAUACGUAGUUUUAUUCGUGCCAUAGAUGUUCUGAGAUGUCUAUAAUAUUAUGUCAAUAAUAUGUUAUAUAUCAGCAUCAGUGCCUUCCCUUAUAUGUUUAACAUUUCAAUUUAUUUCUAUCUAUAUUAUAUUAGAUGUUUAUUUGCAAGAUAAUGUUUUUUAUAUAAGAUUUUAAACCAUUAGAGAUUGAUUUAUGACCUUGAUUAAAUAUGUAUUGUAUAGGAUGUUAAGUUUUAAAACAGAAAAUUUACAAAACGCGCAUUUUUUUUCUCGGAAUAUACCACAGAUAUUUAAUAUUUUGAAUGACAAUAAAAUAGAGACAGAUAACAUUACAGUUCCAUUUUUUGCUCAAGGCGCAAUUUUGAGUUAACUAUUUCUACAAUAAAAUAAAUACCAUCUCUUACAUCCUGUAUUAUACAUUUAGCAGAACUUGGAAUUCGUCCUAUCUUAUAAGAAGAAAAUAAAAUAUAAUUAUGAACAUUAUACAAAAUAUAUUUACACGAAAAAGAUUUUAAACAGCUGUGCUUGUUAUUGCAAUUUUUAAUUAUAUAUUUACGUAAGUAUGCGCAGAUUUUAACCAAUCAAAGUAUAAUCGAAUGUUGCCUUCUUUGUAGAGUUGUUGACACUCAAAUUAUAUUGACACGAACUUUUUAUGAUACAUUUCCUUAUAUUUUAAAUGUCAAUUCAAACCCAUGACGUCAUUUUGGUCUGCUGACUAAAAGUAAUGUCACAGUCAUUGACAAUUAUUAAUGAAAUAUAGUGUCAACUCAGUUAUAGUAUGUAUUGU